AUGUCGGCCCAAUCAAUUGGAUCCACAUAAGGUGGAUGCAAAGCAAAUACAAUAAAGGCAUCGCACCUGAUUCGAGCUCCCCUUUAGGACCGAUCCGAAUUCUUCUUUCUUUUCUUUUCGUCAUCACCGUCUUCUCCAACCAAAUACCCCAGAUUCUCUCUCUCUCUCUCUCUCUCUAUUCUAUUCUAUUUUCUGUGUUUGCGUCAAAUUCAAUCUCUUGUGUUUUUUCAGAGAGAGAAAGAAAUAAAGAUCAAAGAGGGAUAAAGAUGAAGAUCACAGCUUUACUGGUCCUUAAGUGCCAACCCGAAGGAUCCGACCCCAUCAUUCUAGCAAACGCUUCCGAUGUAAGCCAUUUUGGUUACUUCCAGAGGUCCAGCGUCAAAGAGUUCAUCGUCUUCGUUGGCCGUACCGUAGCUAAACGCACCCCUCCUGGCCAACGCCAGUCCGUUCAGCAUGAAGAGUAUAAGGUACAUGCUUACAACAGAAAUGGUCUAUGUGCGUUGGGCUUUAUGGACGACCAUUACCCCGUUCGGAGCUCAUUUUCUGUGCUUAAUAAGGUGCUAGACGAGUAUCAGAAAACUUUUGGUGAAUCGUGGAGGAGUGCACAAGCAGAUGGCUCUCAGCCAUGGCCGUACUUGAAUGAAGCUCUAGCAAAAUUCCAGGAUCCUGCUGAAGCUGAUAAGUUGAUGAAAAUUCAGAGGGAGUUAGAUGAAACAAAAAUUAUCCUUCAUAAGACUAUUGACAGUGUCCUUGCACGAGGCGAGAAAUUGGACAGCUUAGUUGAAAAGAGUUCAGAUCUUAGCGCAGCAUCACAGAUGUUCUAUAAGCAAGCGAAGAAGACGAACCAGUGUUGUUCCAUUUUGUAAGUUGAACAGAGGUUAGCAGCAGCAGCAACAACAACUGAUGGUUUCCCUUGUAUUUGUGUCUGAAUUGAUGGAUGUCAAAGUGGUGAUUGUUCUAUACUUAUAUGUUAAUACCAUUUACCCAAUGUUUGUUUUGAAAGGAUUGUGGAAUGUUGCCUCGUUUUUCUCUUUUUAUGGCUCGAACAUUAAAUUGACAGAAUAUCGUAUCCCCUAUUUUAAUAUUAAUUUGAAUGUGGUCGACACCUCAGUCUGUAACUUUCUCAUGUACUUUUUAUAAUAAUAUAGAGAUUAUCUUAUUCUUUUUAAGCUAA